GGUAAUUACCACCAUUUGCAUAAAAGGUCAUAAUUAAUCUUCCCAUGAACAUAUUACUGAAGCAGUAGAUAAAAAUAAAUAAAUAAGGAGCUUAUCUUCCUGCAAAGCACGGACUCAUCAUGUCGUAUCAUUACAAUGAAGCCUUUGAAGAUCCAGAUUACCACUUCUCAGAAACACUGGAGGUGGACAGAGAGAGGAGUUCUCAGAAGAAUCAAUUCUCUCUCCCAAACCCCUACAAUCCUUCACUGACUGGUUCCUACACAGAGCGCAGUGGAAGAGGGCAGAAUUACCCUCUGGACAUACCAAUGGCCUCCAUGAGGCAAGGCUCUGAAUACAGCCCAAGUUUGCCUAGAGCAGCAGCCCUAAGCAGAGGUCCAUAUGAAGAUUACCAGGCGGACAAUCUUUCCUUUGAGCCUGAGCCAGAACUGGGAUACAGCCACCCACCCACCACCUUCCUUCCACAGGAUCUCCCCUAUCCUCGCAGGCUUUCUGAUGCGUCUGAUGUUAGCUUUACUCAGAGACGCAACAGAAGACCUGCUGAUGAGAUCUUCAUGCCCUCCUUCAGCCUUUCCGAAACAGACCAAGCGUCUAAAGACGAAGCAAAGUUAAUUGGAASUCUUGUGAGUAUGUCUGCUCGUGAAAGGAUUAAAGCAAUCCAGAAGAUGCCAGAGACUAUGAAAAAAAAGAGAGAGAUCAGAAAUAAAGUUCUUCAGGAAAUUACAGAAAAAUCAAGGAGACGUGGAAAUCAACGUGACUGCUGUGCACAGUGUCUACGGAGAAUAGCAGUGUCAUAUCGACGAUUUAGGAAUAGCUUGUCAGAAUAUUUUCAUCUACUGCAGUUGUGGCAGAAGACUUUGAAGGCCAUCGGUGGCAAGUUUGGAACUGGUGUUCUGUCUUACUUUAUUUUCCUGAAGUGGCUGCUUACUUUCAACAUCUUUUCAUUCCUCAUAAACUUCAGUUUCAUAACAAUCCCUCAGUUUGUUGCAGCCAAACCAAAUAAUCUUUCUUUCACGGGUCUGGAGAUUUUCACUGGAGCUGGUUAUUUUCAAGAAACAGUACUCUACUAUGGCUUUUACACCAACACUACAAUUAGGAAGACAGAAAAUAGUGCAUCUUACAACAUGCAGCUGGCCUAUAUUUUCACUGUUGGAAUUUAUUUUGUCAUCUGUUUGCUUAGCUUGGUGUUCAGCAUGGCAAAAUCCUUCCGUAGGAACUUCAUUAACCCCCAGACAUACUCCGGGCAAGCUAGCAAACUUCUCUGCACUUGGGAUUUCAAUAUAACUAAUGAAAAAGCUGUGAAGCUGAAGCAAAAGAAUCUCAGCACACAAAUAAAGGAAGCCCUCUUUGAAGUAAACAGAGAAGUUCUGAAUUUUUCUUUUAAGGAGAGAUUUGUUCAUUUUGUUAUUCAUCUUGCUGCUUGGGUUGCCUCCUUGGGAACCGCAGUAGCUGCUUGUGCUGGUGUUUACUUCCUCUCCAUUAAUAAUCUACAGCUGUUCAUGAAAGGACAUAAGAAUGACCUGGAGGGUCAAGCUGCCAUGUUGGUGCUACCCAUCGUUGCCUCUCUCCUCAAUGCAUUCAUCCCAUUCUUCUACUCAUGGCUUGGGCUCCUGGAGCACUUUCAGAAUCCCAGACACCAGAUAUACGUCACUGUUACCAGAAAUAUCAUCCUGAAAAUAUCCAUCAUUGGAAUAUUGUGCUACUAUUGGCUUAACAUUGUGUCUGCAUCAGAGUCACAGUGCUGGGAAACUCUGGUUGGCCAAGAUAUCUAUCGACUUGUUCUGGUUGACUUCAUAUUUUGUUUGCUUGGCUGUCUCUUUGGAGAAUUUGUACGAAGAAUUAUUGGAACAACAGUCUGCGUAAACCUGGGGAUGCCAGAAUUUGAUAUUGCACGAAAUGUUUUAGAUUUGAUCUAUGCACAGACUUUGACCUGGAUUGGUAUCUUCUUCUCRCCUCUGCUGCCUGGUAUCCAGAUGAUAACAUUUUCUAUAGUAUUUUAUGUGAAAAAGGUCAGUCUGAUGAUGAAUUGUCAGCCUCCCCGCAAGGUCUGGAGAGCUGCUCAAAUGACAACAUUGUUCAUCUUCCUACUCUUCUUCCCAUCCCUUGUGGGAGUCCUGUCUGUCAUUGCAGUCACUGUCUGGAGGUUAAAACCUUCAAAAGAGUGUGGCCCUUUCAGGGGUUUAUCUUCUAUCUAUGCUGCAAUCUCUGUAUGGAUAGAAAUACUAAAAAAUUACCCUGGCUCAAAAUGGGUAGUGUGGAUCUACCAAAAUUUAUUUCAAGGUGCACUGUUCUUCUUCAUCCUCUCUACAAUUCUCCUAAUUGUUACAUAUCUUUACUGGAAAAUAAUAGAAGGAAGAAAGAGCAUGGUCAAGCUCUUACGUAAGCAUAUUGUCAAUGUAGGAAAAGAUAAAAUGUUUUUACUUGAAAAACUACGGGGACUGCCAGCAGCAAGACAAAACCUAUCUGUGCCGAGAGGACAAGACCGGCAGAGAAGCUCUGCUUCAGAUCGUUUAUCUAUGCGACCUGGCCAGCACAUGCCAAGCUACCCAGAAAGGACAUUUGACAGAAAUCAAAAUGCAUUCCAUGAGGAUGAGUUUUCCUAUUCUCCUGAGAUCUUGGAGGGAAUUGGCCUUCCAAUAGAUGCAGAGACAUCCCGGCCAAGCAGCAGGACGGGGAUGUCGGAAGCACUCGCGCUUGCCCUGCGUGCUCGACGAGCAGCUGAAGAAGACGAUGAUGACCGGGAUUAUUGACCGUGAGCGCACCGAAUGAACAGCCAAUGUUAACAGUCACAAGCUACU